CACGGAUUACCAUUCCCAGCGCGCGAUAGCCGAGCUUCCUCGCCGCUGUCGUUGAAGGGGGAUUAAUCAUCGCUUUUGACGUUUGAUCUGGUCGACUAGGGGCACAUGCCUUGGUAAAUGUCGCGGGACCCCACUGAAAUGAGGUUGAAGCGAUGGAUUACACCUCAGUCUCUCGGAUACAAACACGCUGUUGCGCACCCCUCUCUGAACAUGGCGAUAGCCGGCUAGAACCCACACCGAUAGAAACACAUGCGAAUCUAUACCAAAGAAGGGCUCGCCGAAGAACCCGCGAGGGUCGAUACGAACCUAAAGAUCGAUCUGAAGUUCAGAAGGGUGAUUGUUCUAGUGAAGUUCCUCGGAAAAGGAAAACCCUCGGGCGAAACGAUGGCAAUUCUCGCAUUGGCGAAAAGUUUAGCGCAAGAAAUGUUACAGCAGGGCGGCUAACAAUCAAUUCCAAUGAAAAUCUCGGCAUAUUCAAAAGAGGGAAGACCUCGACGCCGGUCCACUGUGCUGACGACUUAGUCUCUUACCUGAAUUUCUCCGAGUCAAAUUUUCUAGCCAAGAAACCGCAAACACCGAAUUGCUCGGGGAAACGCGGGUAUGUGGAAGGUGAUCAGAUCGAACCCUCCUCGAACGACGAAAUUUCUUGUCGAUUCGGAAACCCCUUUUCGGUGUCAGGAGAGACGAAAAGUGUUUGUCAAACAUCGACGUCACAGCUGAAAAGCGAUGCUGAGAAACAGCUACAUAAAUCCGAGAACCAGUCAUUCAAUAUCGAAUAUUCGACAAACCGUACUGAACAUGAACCACGCUCCGUGAACAAGAGCUUUCGAGAACUAUACGUGCCUAAACUGAGCGAGAAUGAUUUGAAAGCGCGUGAAAACGCUUUUGAAUAUUGGAUUGAGAAGCAGCUUUAUGAGUCUCUGAUAAGCUGCUAUCAAUUGACGAUUCCGUACGAAGAAUAUGAAACACUUAACUCUGGUAGUCUCAUCUACACCCUCGAGGACUUGAAGAAACUCUGUAUCGCGAGGGGGUAUUUCUCAGCACGGACAGCAGUGGAUACCGGGGACGAGUAUACGAGAAGUCUUUCAGAGGAGUCUUUUAGGGCGGAAAAUACGUUAUCUGAAGCUAACCAGCUCUACACCCAGUCGCUAGCUCCUGAGCUAAUAGAAUCAACACCCAGUUCGACGGAUGUUAAAGAUGUUCUUCUCGAACUUCUUCUAGACACCGAUCUUCAAUCUACAGAUGACAUGGCCAUCCAAAUCCUAGAAGACGUUAUGGAUUCAGCAAAGUUUGUCAUGAAUGAUGGAGACCCAUACUCAUCUGGAAAAUGCAUGAAAUCGAGCAGGAACGCCGAAUUUGAUUCAUCCCCCUUUCACCCAACAAGUCUUGAGCGGCCUUGGAACAAUUUCCUUAUGAAAGAACCUUUUUCGGCUGGUAUUACAAGUCGACCAGGUUCCAAAAAGCGGGGCACAGGGUUUGCAAGUAUUCUUCCUCUAGGUGGGCAGCGUGGUCAGAGAUCAAUGCCUUCCAGGGUGACAGAUCAAUCACGGAAGCGAACUUUUCCGAGCACAAUUCUGUAUGAAUCUCAAAAUUUGACCCCACCGCAACGACGUUUUUGGCGACGCAAUAAGUUGUAUUGAACUUGUCUUUCUUGGUAGUGUGUAAUUGGAUGAGUGCCCAGUACAUCA